UCGUAUGCGGGAAGCCACAGGUGCCUGUAGAUCUCUCUCUCUCUCUCUCUCUCUCUCUCUCUCUCUCUCUCUCUCUCUCUCUACAUGCAAAAUUUUAAUUUGGGGUAUAAAUUUGUGGGGGAGGAGGGAUUGAUGAUUAUGGGUACUUGAGAAUCGAUUUUGUAAUUUGGAUCAAAUUUAUGGGGAAGAAUCGCUAUCUGGGUUGGGGAACUUACCCGUCAUGUCCACCUACCCCAUAACUUUCGGUAUAUCACGGUUUCUGUCUUCGUGGCGCAAAUCUGUGUGUUGCCUUUCGCCUUGACUCGAAGACUCGAAGAUCCGAUUGUGGUUUUGAUUGAAGCUGAAGGUAAUUUUGACGAGAGUUUUAGGAUUUGACUCUCGGAUUUUUAGUUUUUUCUAUGUGUGUGGAGGAUAUUCUGAUGACAUGAACUGGUUUCGUCUUCCAGAAGAUUGGGUAUGGGCUGCAAAAGGGUUUAUAAAUAUGGAUAAUUGUUGAAUGAAUUUGCUUCACAAUCGUUGUUGAUCUUGUGAGGGUUUUGGGGCUUUGUUUGUCGUUUAUAGAUAGCGCCUUAUGGGUUUCGGUCUUUUGAAUGAAAAUCAAUGGAUUCCGCGUGGGAGUGAUUGGCGACUGACAGAUUAGAGUCGGUUUCUCGUUUAUUUAUUCCUUUCCUCACAGGGAAAGAAAGAAAGAAAUAAAUAAAUAGAACCGUGUUAUUUAUGUUCUUUCUGCGGAGCAGUUUGGGUGGGGUGUUGCCGCUUUGAAGUCGUGGGAAAUUUGGGUUCUGAGCCCUGCUUCCUUCUAUUGAUUUUUGUGACCGAGAGGGUUGGGGGAGUUGUCUUCAUAGGUUAGAGGAUUUUUGUAAUUGAGCGUAGAAUUGUGGGGUAAAGGUGUUCAGCACAUAAUUAUGGAUUCAAGGUUUUCAGUUGGCAGCUUCAGGAAAUAUAGCCCACUGCCAUAUUGAGGACUGGGGACUGAGGAUUGGUUUGCAAAGAAAACUCAUAUUGGGCAUUCAUUAGGAAAAUCAAGAGCUCCGUUAAUGCGAUUGGGUACUUAUUUCAUGAGCGUUCUUCUGUUGAACUUUGAACUCCUGGGGGUUGGAUUAGGGCAGGGGCAACUGUCUGUGAAAUUGCUCAGGUUUAUUGCAAUUGGAAUUUGAUGUGUUUUUUCCGUAAUCAUUUUUCUCCCUUUUUGGCAAAUUGGUUUGGUUUGCCAUCUGGUGGUUAGCUGUAUAGGUAAUCUCUCAAAUUGUUGAGUUUGAGACCAAAUCUACACUUAUUAGAUCAGAUCAUUGUUUGCUGGGAUUUGGUUGUUAGAGUGGCCAAUGAGCAUUUCAGUAUGAGGGGCAGGAGGACUCUUUGUCGAUGGAUGCCCCUGACAAAACAUUAUCUGAGCUAGUUGGCAUCUUGAAAUCCUGGCUCCCUUGGCGGUCUGAGCCGGCUAAUGUGUCAAGGGACUUUUGGAUGCCCGAUCAGAGCUGCAGGGUAUGCUACGAUUGUGAUUCUCAGUUCACAAUAUUUAAUCGUAGGCACCAUUGUCGACUCUGCGGCCGAGUUUUCUGUGCCAAGUGUACUGCAAACUCCAUUCCUCCCCCAUCUAGUGAGCCUAGGACGCCCCGUGAAGAGUGGGAAAAGAUCCGGGUUUGUAACUAUUGUUUCAAGCAAUGGGAGCAAGGUGUAACUACUCUUGAUAAUGGGAUCCAGGGUCCCCACCUGGAUCUCAGUGCUUCACCAUCAAUUGCAAGUUUGGCCAGCACUAAAUCUAGUGGUACAGCUAAUAGUAGCAGUAUUACUCUUGGUUCGAUGCCAUUCUCGGUUGGACCGUAUCAACGAGUUUCUUACGGUUCUGGUCUCAGCCCACGUCAAUCACCAGUGAUGGAAACAGGCAAAGAGGAGCAAGGUACAGUUGCAUCAGGAAGGAGCAGCCAUCCUGUUCCAGAAAUAGGGGAUCCAUCCUCCAACCAAUUUGGAUUUUGCAUGAACAGAUUCAGGAGUGACGACGACGAUGAUGGAUAUGAUGUUUAUCGGUCAGACUCUGAAACAAGGCAUUUUCCUCAGGACAAUGACUACUAUGGUCAUGUUGAGUUUGAUGAAAAUGACAAUGACUAUGGAUCACAUAAGGUGCAUCCUGAUGGAGAAACGAAUGACGCAAAGAGUUUGAGUAGCUCUCCAUUACACCAUAGCUUUGAUUCACAGAAUUUGGAAGGAAUUCAACAGCUUGGCAAAAAAGAUGAACAUUAUAUUGCUGAUGAGGAAGCAUCUUCCUCCCUUUAUGCCAGAGAGGAUGUCAACGCCGAACCUGUGGAUUUUGAGAACAAUGGAAUUCUCUGGCUUCCCCCUGAACCAGAAGAUGAAGAAGAUGAGAAGGAAGCUGUUCUGUUUGAUGAUGAUGAUGAGGGUGAUGCUGUGGGAGAGUGGGGAUAUUUACGCACUUCCAGCAGUUUUGGAAGUGGAGAGUAUCGCAAUAGAGACAAGUCUAGUGAGGAGCAUAAGAAGGCUAUGAAGAAUGUAGUUGAUGGGCAUUUCAGGGCUUUGGUUUCUCAGCUAUUGCAGGUUGAGAACCUUCCUGUAGGCGAAGAAGAUGACAAUGAGGGUUGGUUGGAGAUAAUUACAUCACUGUCCUGGGAGGCUGCUACACUUUUAAAGCCAGAUACAAGCAAAGGUGGGGGAAUGGACCCGGGUGGAUAUGUGAAAGUAAAAUGCAUAGCUUCUGGACGGCGCUGUGAAAGCAUGGUGGUCAAAGGAGUUGUUUGUAAGAAAAAUGUGGCGCAUCGGCGUAUGACGUCAAAAAUAGAGAAACCUCGAUUGCUGAUCCUUGGUGGAGCACUUGAGUACCAGCGGGUUUCAAAUCACUUAUCAAGUUUUGAUACCCUGUUACAGCAGGAAAUGGAUCAUUUAAAGAUGGCAGUUGCAAAAAUAGAUGUGCACCGUCCUGAUGUCCUUUUGGUGGAGAAAUCAGUUUCUCGGUUUGCACAAGAGUAUCUCCUUGCAAAAGACAUAUCACUUGUUCUCAAAAUUAAAAGGCCACUUUUAGAGCGCAUAGCCCGCUGCACAGGUGCUCAAAUAGUUCCUUCCAUUGAUCAUCUCUCCCCGCAAAAGUUGGGGUAUUGUGACAUAUUCCAUGUGGAGAGGUUUUUGGAAGAGCAUGGGUCUGCUGGGCAGGGUGGAAAAAAAUUGGUGAAGACAUUGAUGUAUUUUGAAGGCUGCCCAAAGCCCUUGGGUUGUACUAUCUUACUCAGAGGUGCCAGUGGGGAUGAUUUAAAGAAAGUGAAGCAUGUUGUCCAAUAUGGUGUUUUUGCAGCUUAUCACUUGGCUUUGGAGACAUCGUUUCUUGCUGAUGAAGGAGCCUCUCUGCCUGAAUUCCCAUUAAAUUCUCCAAUAACAGUAGCACUUCCAGAUAAAGCAUCAAGCAUUGAUAGGUCAAUCUCAACAAUACCUGGUUUUGCCAUCCCUGCUAAUGACAAGUCUCAGGGUUCUCAACCUGCUGAUGAACCACAGGGGUCCUAUAGUGUCCCCAGUUCAGAUCUAGCCACUUCGAUCAGUGCUUCCUUACACAAAAUGGAAGUCGCUCAUCCACCUUGUUUUCCUGGUGGUCCUGGCUCUCAGCAUGGGCCGUCCACUUUGAGUUUUGUUAACUCUGUUUCUUCCUCCUAUAUUCCUUCAGGGAUAGUUGCUUCCGAUUCUUACCAUAAUGUGCCUUGUUCUGGUGAAAAGAAUAAUGCUCUAGGUUCAAAGGAAUCUUUGGAGGCUGAAACUGCAGCCAAUUAUGGUGAAACUGGCAUUGGUGAUCAUCUCACUGCUAAUGGUUUUGGGCCUUCGGAGGCAUUGAGACCAAGAGCCAUGGCUGGUAAUGCCCAAAAUGAUUACAAUACAAUGGCUGCAAAUUCACUAGGUACUUCUGAUUUAUCAUCCUUGCAACCAAAUGGUAAAAGUAUAGGGGAGCCAGGCUCUUCCAAAGAAGAGUUUCCUCCAUCACCUUCCGACCAUCAGAGCAUCUUGGUUUCCUUAUCAUCCCGGUGUGUGUGGAAGGGCACUGUCUGUGAAAGGUCCCAUCUCUUUCGGAUUAAAUAUUAUGGUAAUUUUGAUAAACCUUUGGGGCGGUUUUUACGAGAUCAUUUAUUCGACCAGAGUUACCGAUGUCGUUCGUGUGAGAUGCCCUCAGAAGCACAUGUUCAUUGUUAUACUCAUCGACAAGGAACCCUCACAAUUUCUGUUAAAAAGUUACCAGAAUUUCUCUUGCCUGGUGAAAGGGAAGGAAAGAUCUGGAUGUGGCAUAGAUGCUUGCGGUGUCCACGAACUAAUGGUUUUCCUCCAGCAACUCGGAGAAUUGUGAUGUCUGAUGCUGCUUGGGGUUUAUCUUUUGGGAAAUUUUUGGAGCUUAGUUUUUCGAACCAUGCAGCUGCGAGUAGGGUGGCAAGUUGUGGCCACUCCUUACACAGAGACUGUCUUCGAUUCUAUGGGUUUGGGAACAUGGUUGCGUGCUUCCAUUAUGCUUCAAUUGAUGUUCAUUCGGUCUACCUUCCACCCCCCAAACUUGAUUUCAAAUAUGAAAAUCAGGAAUGGGUGCAAAAGGAAAUUAGCGAGGUGGUUGAUCGAGCAGAACUUCUAUUUUCUGAGGUACUAAAUGCCCUUUGUCAGAUUGAAGAGAAAAAGAAUGCUGCUGGACCACUUAAGAGUGGCACAAAACCAUCUGAAUCAAGACGCCAAAUUGCAGAAUUGGAAGGGAUGCUACAAAAGGAGAAAGCCGAAUUUGAGAGAAUUUUGAGCAAGGAUGUGAAAAAGGGCCAGCCUGUUGAUGAUAUUCUUGAGAUUAAUCGACUGCGGAGGCAGUUAGUUAUCCAAUCAUAUAUGUGGGACCACUGCCUGAUUUAUGCAGCUAGUUCAGACAAUAGCAGAUUCCAUGAUGAUCAGAGCAGCUCCAAAUCAGAACACGAGGAGAAAAUUUUGGCUGCUAAUGAGAAUGCCAUUGAGACAAACAUUCCCAUUAAGCCAGGGAAAGGCUUUGGUAGUUGUGAGUCUCUUCUUGUGGAUGCAAAGCUCAAUGAAAGAUAUAAUCAGGGAGGAGGAAUGAACAGCCAUGCUGACCAACCUGGCAUAUUCCAUCAAGGAACAGAUGAGGGCCAAGAUCCAAAUAAUGAGAAGGAGCAGCCAAAUCUUUCUUCUAGUGUUAACAUGCCUGACCAAUCUGAACCUCUGGGGUCUGGGGUAACUGUUCGUAGGGCUUUCUCUGAGGGGCAGUUCCCUGUUAUGGCAAAUUUAUCCGACACUCUUGAUGCAGCAUGGACGGGUGAAAAUCACCCCGGGAUUGGAAUACAUAAGGAUAACAACUGUGCAUUUCCUGAUUCAUCUAUGGCAGAUUUUGCAACCACUGCAGCAGUGGCAGAAAGGUUGGAUUCUGAGGACCAUGCAGAAGACCAGAAUGGGUCAAAGACAGCCCAUUCUCUUUCACCCAUGUUAUCCAUCAAGGGCCCUGACAAUAUGGAAGACUCUGUAAGCUGGCUAGGAAUGCCUUUUGUAAAUUUCUACCGUUCUUUAAAUAAGAACAUUUUAGGUAAUGCUCAGAAGCUUAAUACUUUUGGUGAAUAUAAUCCUGUCUAUGUCUCAUCAUUUCGGGAUUUGGAACUCCAUGGUGGGGCUAGGCUGCUUCUGCCUGUUGGUGUCAAUGACACUGUCAUUCCAGUCUAUGAUGAUGAGCCCACAAGUAUUAUAGCCUAUGCACUGGUUUCGCCAGAAUAUCAUAUUCAAAUGUCUGAUGAGUUGGAAAGACCCAGAGACAGUGGGGAAUCUAUGGCUUCAUUACCAUUGUAUGAUUCAUUGAAUUUUCAAAUGCUGCAUUCCUUUGAUGAAUCAACCUCUGAAUCUUUUAGGAGUUUUGGGUCUACAGAUGACAGCAUCUUGUCCAUGCCGGGUUCUCGUAGUUCGUUGGGUUUGGACCCACUUUCAUAUACAAAAGCUUUGCAUGCCAGGGUUUUUUUUGCGGAUGACGGCCCACUUGGUAAGGCGAAAUAUACUGUGCUAUGCUACUAUGCAAAGCGGUUUGAAGCCUUAAGGAGGAUUUGUUGCCCUUCUGAGCUGGAUUUUGUGAGAUCACUUAGCCGUUGUAAGAAAUGGGGGGCUCAGGGUGGCAAGAGCAAUGUCUUCUUUGCUAAAACUUUGGAUGAUCGUUUUAUCAUCAAACAGGUUACAAAGACAGAGUUAGAAUCAUUUAUAAAGUUUGCUCCUGGAUAUUUCAAGUAUCUGUCCGAAUCAAUUAGCAGCGGAUGUCCUACCUGCCUGGCAAAGAUUCUAGGGAUUUAUCAGGUUACAUCAAAGCAUCUUAAAGGAGGAAAGGAAUCAAGGAUGGAUGUUCUGGUUAUGGAAAAUCUUCUGUUUGGAAGAAAUGUGACGCGGCUCUAUGAUCUCAAAGGAUCAGCUCGGUCACGUUACAACCCAGAUUCUAGUGGGAGCAACAAAGUUUUGUUGGAUCAGAAUCUGAUUGAAGCCAUGCCCACUUCUCCUAUUUUCGUGGGAAACAAGGCAAAGAGGUUGUUAGAAAGAGCUGUAUGGAAUGAUACGUCUUUUCUGGCAGCAAUCGAUGUAAUGGAUUAUUCAUUGUUGGUUGGGGUGGAUGAAGAGAAGCACGAGCUCGUUCUGGGUAUCAUUGAUUUUAUGAGGCAGUAUACAUGGGACAAGCAUCUUGAAACAUGGGUGAAGGCUUCGGGCAUCCUUGGUGGGCUGAAAAACUCGUCCCCCACUGUAAUCUCACCCAAGCAAUACAAGAAAAGAUUCAGGAAAGCCAUGACUACCUAUUUUUUGAUGGUUCCAGAUCAAUGGUCUCCUCCAAAUCUUAUUCCAAGUAAAUCCCAGUCUGAUCUGUGCGAGGAAAAUGCACAAGGUGGGACUGCAGUUGAGUGAUGCUGCAAUCCUUUAUGCUUGUACAUUUGAAUGUGUAUUUUUGCGAGCGUCCCACAUCAAUUUUUCCUCCACAUGUUUCUUUUUUUCUUUUUGUUUUUUGUGUUUUUGAUUUUUAAUAUUUCAAUUCUUUUGAGUAGCAGUUUCAUUUUGUAUUGUUAAAAAAAGAAAAAAAUCAAUUAUUAUUUGUUAGAAGAUGCAGGAACAAGGCUUCUUGAAAGCCAGAAAAUUCACCGUCAAGGGUAGAAUUAACCUCUCCAUGAAGGCUUUGUACAAAGUAUUUUCUCAUGUAUUAAUCUUUGCAAUAUGUAUAUGUAUUCCAUUCUCAUUCUUAAUGUGAUAUUUAAGAUGAAAAUUUAUUACA